AAGGCGCACCAUUACAUUCCAUGUGCUUUCCUUCCAUGUCUGUUGUCCCACAAAUUUAUCACAGCUUUCUCUCUCCAAGCCGACAUCUUUCUUGUGUUUAGGAGCUAACACACGUUUCUCCCUCUCAUUUUGCCUUCAAAUCCACAAAUCAAAUCACACUUGAUUCAACUCCGUUACACUGAUUUUGUUGUUUUCUUGAAGAAGAUCAGUGAAGACGGGUUGCUGAUUCUUGAUUCUUUUGAUGGAUUUCUCUACAAAUCGCAACGUUGGUUCUGCAAUGAUCAUUGCUUAUCCAAUUUCCGAGUGAUGUGAUGUGUUUUACGUGCUAUUGAUCCAUUGGAGGUGAAUUGCGGAUUCAUAAUCUUGAUAAAAGAUGCGCCGGCGGGCUGCGGACUACCGGCGCCCCGUUCGAAGGAGGCUUUCAGUUUGGAUCUGGGUCCUUCUCGGUUUAUUCUGUAUUGCUGGAUUUAUUCUCUUAGUUGUUCUACAGAAUCAAGAAUAUGAAGAUCGGGUGGAACAGCCUGUAUUGGAGAGAAAUGCUGGAACUGUACAAUUUACUCAUAGGACGUUAAAUGUAACCGAGGAGAUAGCAAAUGACGCCAAUUCGUAUGCCAGACAAUUACUAGAGCAAAUGACACUUGCAAAAGCGUAUAUAGUCAUUGCAAAAGACCACAACAACCUUCAUCUUGCUUGGGAGUUGAGUUCAAAGAUCAGAAGCUGUCAGUUUCUGCUUUCGAAAGCCGCCAUGAGAGAAGACCCAAUGACACAAGAUGAAGCCGAACCACUCAUUAGAAGUCUUUCAACUCUCAUUUUCAAAGCGCAAGAUGCCCAUUACGACAUUGCAACAACAAUCAUGACCAUGAAAUCUCACAUCCAAGCUCUUGAAGAGCGUACAAAUGCAGCCACUGUCCAAAGUACAUUCUUCGGACAGUUAGCAGCCGAAGCACUGCCCAAGAAUCUUCACUGUGUUAAUGUAAAGCUUUUGGCUGAUUGGCUCAUAAAGAAGACACUCCAGGAGGUUACAGAUGAGAUCAAGAGCUCCCCAAGAUUACUUGACAAUAAUCUUUAUCAUUUCUGCUUAUUUUCAGAUAAUCUGAUGGCGGUUUCAGCCGUCGUCAACUCCACAGUCUCAAACACCGACCACCCAAAGCAGCUUGUGUUCCACAUAGUUACAAAUGAGGCCAACUAUGGAGCCAUGCAAGCUUGGUUUGUUAGCAACGACUUUAAAGGGUCGAUAGUCGAAGUGCAAAAAGUUGAAGACUUGACUUGGUUAAACGCAUCUUACUCGCCUGUUGUUAGAAAACUAACAGAAGCCGACUUGCGUGCAUACUAUUUCGAAGGGUCUCAAGAACUUAACGACGAGCCAAAGUUUGGGAACCCAAAGUAUGUAUCUUUAUUGAACCAUCUUCGGUUCUACAUCCCUGAGAUCUACCCUCAGCUUGAAAAGGUCGUCUUUCUUGACGAUGAUGUCAUCAUCCAGAAAGAUUUGACUCCUCUUUUCUCAUUGGAUCUUCAUGGAAACGUAAACGGAGCAGUUGAAACCUGUCUUGAAGCUUUCCAUCGAUUUUAUAAGUAUCUAAACUUCUCUAAUCCAGUCCUGAGCUCCAAGUUUGACCCGCAGGCAUGUGGGUGGGCGUUUGGUCUGAACGUCUUCGAUCUUGUGGCAUGGAGAAAGGCUAACGUGACAGCCACGUACCAUUACUGGCAAGAACAGAACGAUGAUGGAAGCUUAUGGAAGUUAGGAACCCUGCCACCCGGUCUAUUGGCUUUCUAUGGGCAGACUGAGCCACUGGACCGGAGAUGGCAUGUGUUAGGGUUGGGUUAUGAUGUGAACAUCGAUAACAGGCUCAUAGAGAGUGCAGCUGUGAUUCAUUUCAACGGGAACCUGAAGCCGUGGCUGAAGUUUGGGAUCGGCAGGUACAAGCCGUUAUGGGAACGGUAUGUGAACCAAACGCACCCCUAUCUUCUUGAUUGCGUUACGAAUUGAGAGGUUUAACUGUAGAAAUUUUUGGCAUUGGGUUAGAUGGAUGUUUCCAAGUUAUUCUUUUCUCAUAAACAAGAUGAAAGAAAGUGUAUUAUUUAUCCAUAGAAGCAAAUUUUGUGUAAUAAUCUAUCUUGAUUCU